GUACACUUGUCCUCGUUUCCGCUCCGUUCACGAGUCCCUCGUUCCUGUCUCUCUCCAUUGUAUAGUAGGAGCAGUAGCUUCCUUGGAGCUCUCGCUCGCGUACGCACACUCUCUCUCUCUCUCGCUCUCCACGGAAUCCACGAGCGAGGGUUCGAAGAUGCCGAGAAGCGUGUUGGUGGGCUCCUUCACCUCCCCGAAGAUGGAGUUCGCCAUCGACAUGGGCAACCCUUUCUUCAACCGCACCGUCGACGGGUUCCUCAAGAUCGGAGCUGUUGGGGCAUCCAAGGUGCUCGCGGAGGAGACCUACGAUUGCCUCAGGAAAGGUAGCAUUUCAAAAGGCAAAUUUGAGGAUGCACUGAAGAAAAUGUGUAAAGAGGGAGCAUACUGGGGUAAGAUUGCCAUUAAGAUUGAUGGAACUGUUGCCGGAGUAUAUGUUGGAAUGGAGUACGGAAUGGAAAGGAUCCGUGGCACCAGGGAUUGGAAGAAUGCGAUGCUUGGAGGUGCCCUGACGGGGGCGCUCAUAUCAGCCGCGAGCAACAACGGCAGGGACAAGGUUAUCAGGGACGCAAUAACAGCGGGUGCCGUGGCCACCGCCGCGGAGCUUGUGUGCUACUUGACUUGAUGAAACCUUGUAAUAUAUAUCAUGAAUAGAGCUCCUCCUCUCCAACUCCAACUCCCUGUUCCAACUCCAACUCCCUGUUUUUACUUUCUUCUGCUGCUGCUACUACAAUCAGUAUCAAUGCUUACUGUUUUCUAAUAAGUGUUCAACAAGAUCUGUAGAAGUGACCAUGCUUUUGUUUUUUUAAUUAAGAGUUCAAUAUUAUCGACAGUUUUUUAUUUAAAA